GAAUAGAUGUUAAUGUUGCUUUGUUGAUGAUGAUGUUCACGAUUAUUAAUGACUGAUUAUAAUUUGACUGUUAGAUUCACAAAGGCUUUUAGCAUAUUAAAUGUGUCUUGAAACGGUCUUAAGCGGCAUAUCCAAACUUGCCAAAAAUACCAGAUUCUGACUUCACAGAGUUCUGUAAACCCACUUCAGUUGACCGCAGAUUUGUCAAACCAGUUAAACUGCUCCGUCUAAAUGAAAUCAGUCUUUGAGUUCUUUACACUAUACAUUACGUUUACUUGUGGUUACUGAGCCUAACUGAAGAUAGAGAACCAGUGGAACUUUUGUUAAUAUGUUUUUAUUUACUGAAAUGAGAAACACAGGUUUGUUGUGUUUGUGUUGCUCACUCAUUUUUAUAGUAAAGUUGUGUAUGUGACCCUUGACAACAAAACCAGUCUUAUGGGUCAAUUUUUCGAAAUUGAGAGUUUUACCUGAUCUGAAAGCUGAAUAAAUAAGCGGUCUAUUGAUGUAUGAGUUGUUAGAAUAGGACAAUAUCUGUCUGAGAUACAACCGUUUAAAACUCAGGAAUCUAAGAGUAAGAGUGAAAAUAUUGAGAAAAUGGCCUUUGAAGUUAUUAAUUAGGAGCACUGUGACUGUGACUGUCUUUGUUUUAAUUUGAUCAUGUAUUGUUUAUUUAGGUCUUUCUGGUUAUUCAUCUGAAUUUUUCUGCAGACUUCUGUCGCUGUCUGGUGUUAUCCUGUACUCGAUUAUUAGUAAUCCUUUCUCGAGGUCACAACAUGAUAUUCUCUUUGUUAUUGUUGUGUAAAUGCGAUUGAAGAAGAGCACUUCACGCACGCGCACACACACACACACACACACUGUGUCUUCAUCAUCAGAGAUACAGUUUGAUGUGCUGUUACUCUACAGCAGAUGUGCUGGAGGUCUUUGGAGGAGCUGUGAUUGUUUCUGAAGGGGUCUCGUGCACGUGCGUGCGGGGGUCUGACGGUUGUGUGUGCCGUGGUCCGUCACAGGGGAUCGGUCGGUCCAUGGUGAAUUUCAUUUCAAGUCUUUAGCUUCAAAAGUGCUCCGCCAAAUCUCACAUCAUGUCGGGAGCGUACGAUGAGAGCGCCAUGUCUGACGAGACCACCGACAGCUUCUGGGAGGUCGGGAACUACAAGCGUACUGUGAAGCGGAUCGAGGACGGUCAUCGUCUCUGUAAUGACAUGAUGAACUGCAUACAGGAACGUGCCAAAAUAGAGAAAGCUUACGGACAGCAGCUCACCGACUGGUCCAAAAGAUGGAGACAGCUCGUGGAGAGAGGACCGCAGUACGGUUCUCUAGAGAGAGCCUGGCUGGCCGUGAUGACGGAGGCAGAAAAGGUGAGCGAGCUGCAUCAGGAGGUGAAGAAUAAUCUGCUGAAUGAGGACCUGGAGAAAGUGAAGAACUGGCAGAAAGAUUCGUACCACAAACAAAUGAUGGGCGGAUUUAAAGAGACCAAAGAGGCUGAAGAGGGCUUCAGAAAAGCUCAGAAACCCUGGGCCAAAAAACUCAAAGAGAUGGAAACAGCGAAGAAAUCCUAUCACAUGGCCUGUAAAGAAGAGAAGAUAGCAUCUACAAGAGAAGCCAACAGUAAAGCAGAAGCAUCUGUGACAUCAGACCAACAAAAGAAACUUCAGGAGAAACUGGACAAAAGUAAAAAUGACGUACAGAAGGCCAAAGAGAAGUAUGAGAAGAGUCUGGACGAGGUCAGUGGUUGUUCACCGCAGUACAUGGAGAACAUGGAGGUGGUGUUUGAGCAGUGUCAGCAGUUCGAAGAGAAGAGAUUGAACUUUCUCAGAGAGAUUCUUCUAGAUAUCAAACGACAUCUCAACCUCACCGAGAGCCAAAGCUACGCAACAGUUUACAGUGAUCUCGAGCGAAGCAUCACCUCAGCCAGCGCUCAAGAAGAUCUGAAGUGGUUUAAUAACGCUCACGGGCCUGGCAUGCACAUGAAAUGGCCACAGUUUGAGGAGUUCAAUCCAGAUCUGAGUCACUCCAUAAAUAAGAAAGAAAAGGUUAAAAAGAAUCCCGACGGAGUGACAUUAACUCAAGUGUCUCAGGCUGGAGAUCAAGGGACGCCGAAAGCAGGAGAGCGUGGCAGCGUGAGCAGCUAUGAGAAGAAUCAGCAGUAUUCUGCCGAAUGGUCGGAUGAUGAACAGCCUACCUCCGCUCAACCGGACGACGAAACAAACGGAGUCGGAUUUGACGAGGACGGCAGAGGAGUGCGAGUGAGGGCUCUGUACGACUACAGCGGUCAAGAACAAGACGAGCUGAGCUUCAAAGCAGGAGAUGAGCUCAUUAAACUAGAAGAUGAAGAUGGGCAGGGCUGGUGUAAAGGACGACUGAAGAGCGGUCAGUUGGGUUUGUAUCCCGCCAACUAUGUGGAGUCCAUUUAACUCUCUCAUGCGCCUUAAAGACUUCUAAAGAAUCCACAUCAACUCUUUCCCUCCCUGAACCUCCUGCUGAAGAAGCGAACACAUCAACAUUUCCCUCGAGGAGCCGUGCGUCUGUGCAUCAGUAUUGUGAUGCUGAUGUGUAACAUUCAUGUACAUCCGUGAAGCGGAAUGAGCAGAAAUCAGCCAUGCAAUAAAAACUAUUUUUAUUUUGAAGUACAACGUUCAGCGUUAAAACUUGUGACCCUUCGUAUUACAAUCUGUUUUAUUGUAGAGGGGCAGAACCAACAAAGAGGGCUCACACAGACAUCAUCUAACUUUUAAUGAAAGACGAUAAAAGACUUGAUCUUCACAAGAAAAAUAUUGUAGUAGUAUAUUUGAAGAGUUUGGUUCCAAAAUUUUCCAAAAUCGUUAAAAAAAUGUAGAAUCAUGUUUUCUUUAUGUGCAAUUCAUAUCCAUCAAACUGCAGUCGGUCUGUUAAGAUUUACAUCAUAAAUCCAGCUAGCUAACAAAAUAAAAACAUGACUUAAUCAAAAACAUGAUUUUUGAAAAGAUGAUCUCAUUUUGGAAAUAAACUCUUCAUUUUAGUAUUUACUAGAGUAAACUGUAAUACAUUAUAGUAAGGAUUACACUUUGUUAUUGUAUAAAUGAUUAAUCAUAGUGAAUAGAUGAACUGUAGUAAAUACUCUAGUGUAGUGUAUAUUUAUAUCACAGUUUACAGUAGUAAAUGCUAAAGUAUACCACAGUAUUUUUUUAUGUGAACUGAUGAAUUGAGCACAUUUCAUGUUGGAUUAAUGCAGAUGCUUCAUGUCAUGUUUCAUUGAAACACUCUUCUCAUGUUUAUUCAGUUCAAUGUUUGAAGGACAAAGUUUCAUUUUAGAAAAGUGCUCAGAAAGCCUGUGACAAAUAUCCUGAAGGAACGUUCAAGAGAGAAAAUGAUAAUCCUCUAAUAUCUCACUGGAUGAACUUUCAUUCUGGUUGAAAAUCAACAUUUUCUUCUUCUUGAUGUUUGAAAGUGAAUGAACGUUUCAGUGGGACUUUUUGUGACUAACUGCAGAUAUUAGUUAUGACUUCAUGACUGUUGAGCUAAACUCUGUUCAAAUGCUUUUAAAUGUUUGUUUUUUAUGUUCUUUUGCCUUUAUUCUCUACAUGUGAUCCAUGACAGAUUCAUUAAGUUCUGUUUAUAGAUUCUGUCUUACAGUAAUAGUCGUGAAUCUUGAUGAUGAUGGGAUGAGAUGAGACUGUAUAUAGUGUAUGUUUAGAACAGACCGAUGUGCUCAGAUGCUCUCCAUGUGUUGUGAAGUUCACAAUAAAACUGUGAGACGGUC